AGUAGCGGCAGCAGUCCGAGCUGGGCUCCGUCGCGGCUGCUAACCUGGUCGGUUCGUCGAGUUUCGGCUCGGAAAGUUCGGCUCGUCAUUGUCCGGGUUUCGGUUCUGAGCAGCAGAGCGCAGCCCUUCCUGUGGAGCCACGCGGCAUGUCCUCCACAUCCCGGCUGAUUUGAUGGCUCUGUGGAGGAUGAUGAUGCUGCCCAAGUAUCAGCUUCUGGCGCUGCUGGCAUUUGCCGUGGCAAUGGUCUUCUUGGAGAACCAGAUCCAGAAGCUGGAGGAGUCGAGGGGAAAGCUGGAACGUGCCAUAGCCAGACAUGAGGUGCGAGCGGUUGAUGACCGUCAUGUUCAGGAGGGAGUGAGGGAGGUCAUGGCAGAUGAAGAGGAUGAGUUGGUGGUCAUUUAUAACAGAGUUCCCAAAACAGCCAGCACCUCCUUCACCAACAUAGCCUACGACCUGUGCAGCAAGAACCGCUACCACGUCCUGCACAUCAACACCACCAAGAACAACCCCGUCAUGUCCCUGCAGGACCAGGUGCGGUUUGUUAAGAAUGUGACGUCAUGGAAGGAGAUGAAGCCAGCGUUCUACCACGGCCACAUUUCCUUCCUCGAUUUUACCAAAUUCGGUGUUACAAAAAAGCCCAUUUACAUCAAUGUAAUCCGAGACCCCAUCGAGCGCUUGGUGUCCUACUACUACUUCCUCCGCUUCGGGGACGACUAUAGACCAGGCCUGAGACGCCGGAAACAAGGUGACAAGAAGACGUUUGAUGAGUGCGUUGCUGCAGGAGGAUCUGACUGUGCUCCUGAGAAACUUUGGCUCCAGAUUCCUUUCUUCUGUGGCCAUUACUCCGAGUGCUGGAACAUCGGCAGCCACUGGGCUCUGGAGCAGGCCAAGUACAACCUGGUUAAUGAGUACAUGUUGGUGGGAGUGACAGAGGAGCUGGAGGACUUUGUGAUGAUGCUGGAAGCUGCACUGCCACGUUUUUUCAAAGGGGCUACUGAGCUCUAUAGAACAGGGAAGAAAUCCCAUCUGAGGAAAACCAGCGAGAAAAAGCCGCCCACUAAAGAGUCCAUAGCCAGGCUGCAGCAGUCGGCCAUCUGGAAGAUGGAGAACGAGUUUUACGAAUUUGCGCUGGAGCAGUUCCAGUUCGCCCGCGCUCACGCGGUCCGGGAAAAGGAUGGAGAACUUUACCUUCUGGCGCAGAACUUUUUCUACGAGAAAAUUUAUCCGAAAACAACGUGAGAUGUAAAAGUCGUGCUGUUGUGCCGUACACUGUCGUCAUGUUCACCGGAGGAGGAGAAAUCUGCCCAGCGUGGCUGGACACCGCCCCACCUGGACCUGACGAUUUUCGGCCACCUGAACGCGAAGGUGUCCAUGUGGGGCCGCUGUAUGUAGCAGGGAGUUAGCAGAGAGAUUUUGAGCUGAAUAGCUUUCUAAGGCACUCCCUCAGCUUCACGUCAGACUCUCACAGUGACACAGCUGUAAACAAUGGACACUCAUCAACGGUUAUUUGUUCUGAUCACCACAUCGCCUGAUUUUAUUACCGGUAUAUUUCACCCAAAAAUGUUGCUAGUCAUGAAUACAAGCUAGAAGACGCCGUCUGGUGUCAUGUGUGUGAAUGCGUGUAGCUUAAUUCGUUUUUGACCAUGUUGGCUUUCUGCCUGCUUGUGUGGCUGAUGUGAAUGGGAGCCAGUUAGCAUCACACUAAUGAGAUGAAGCUGAUGAGCUCCAGCAGCUUUUAUUUAUCAUUGGCUUUGUUUGUAUUUUGGAUGGUCGUUUCCUUUAAUGAAUGGUGCACAGUAGUGAACUCAGGGUUGGCAGAUGUUCCUGUUGGCACUGCCACCCUGAACCGAGCUUCAGGUCGCUGAAGUCUUCUUCAUGCCAUCGUCCAACCCCACAACCUCAUUUCACCUCACUCUUACAAAUAAAGCGUUCUUUUCACAUUUGUAUCUAAGGAAUCCUUCAGUAGAUCGUUCUUUAAAGAAUAAUGUCUGUAAUUGGGAUGUUUAAAGAACCUCCAUAUGAUGAGAAGAAUCCACACCAGUUAAAGGUUUUGUGCUAGAACCAUGCAAACUGAGAACCUUUAUUUUUAAGAGUGCAGACGGGGCAUUUAAAUCUGGAAAACUUGCUGCUGGAAUUUUAGACGCCACACUUAUCGUUUCAUUGACGCUCGAGCGGGUUAGUCUCGUUGUUCACCCUCGAGUCGUCUGCUGUCUGAAGAACAUCAUUCUGGAAUGUGUAAUUAUGUUAACCGGAUCUCUGUUUCUUUUAUUGCUUUGGUGGUUUAUGUUUUCCUGUUCUCUCUCAUGCUGAAUGGAGCAGCUUCGCUUCCCUAUUUUGUAUUUAUCUACGUCCACAUUACAAGCCUCAUUGCUCAAAUCUGA